CAGCACUCACAGACGCACUUCCGGAGCACUACUUUCGCGCCGUAAAGAAACCAAGUCCCGCAAAUCUCGCUCUAAACAAUUUAUUAUAUUUUAUUUAAUAUUAAUUUUUUCGUACGAAUAUUUUAUCAUGACAAAUUUUUGUCUUAAUUAUUAAGUAGUGAAAAUAGUUCUUUUUUCGUCUCCUAUAAAGACCUCACCUUCUCUUCUAUACCACUCCAUCUAAAAAAAGAUUAAAACAUGAGAGAGGAGGCGGAGGCGAAGGAUCUCUGGCUGGAGGUGAAGAACGUCUACAAGACAUACGAUGGAGUACGAUUCGUUCUUAACGGUAUCAACAUGUCUGUGCCUAAAGGUGCUAUAUAUGGCUUAUUGGGCUCAAGUGGAUGUGGUAAAUCUACUUUACUCAAUUCAAUUGUUGGCCUAAUGCAGCUUGAUGCUGGUGAAAUCCGAAUUCCAUCUCUUGGAAAAAAAGACAUUGGCUUCAUGCCACAGGAAUUGUCUCUCCAUGAUACAAUGAAGACGGAGGAGGUCUUUUACUAUUUCGGGACGUUGUUUGAAAUGAAAAAAGAAUUAAUUGAAGAAAGAAUAGCUUUUUUAACAAGUCUCCUUCAGCUUCCUAAAAGGAAAAGGUUAUUGAAAACAUUUAGCGGUGGAGAAUUGAGAAGGGUUUCUUUAGCUGUAUCUUUCAUGCACAAUCCCAAGUUGAUGAUUUUAGAUGAGCCCACAGUUGGAGUUGAUCCAGUUUUGAGGCAAAGCAUUUGGGAUCAUCUUUUGAAACUUUGCAAUGAAAAUAAAAUGACUAUUAUUAUAACCACUCAUUAUAUAGAAGAAACCAAACAAGCUCAUAUUGUUGGUUUAAUGCGAGAAGGUGUCCUCCUGUGUGAAGAAUCUCCGAAAAGUGUCAUGACUCGGCUCGGUUGUAAUUCACUAGAAGAAGCAUUUUUAGUGCUAAGCAAACAGCAGGCUUUAACAGGUUCAACAAACCAGGAAGAAAAUCAAAUCAAAAUUACAAAAUUCAAUAAGGUCUUAUCUCCUUUAAGCAAGAAUGAUAAAUUAUUUUCUUUUCCAAGAUUUAAGGCUGAAUUGAUGAAGAACUAUUUUUUCCUUUCAAGAAAUAUUCCACUACUAUUAUAUCUUUUCGGUCUACCGAUAGUGAGUUGCCUGCUAUUCAACAUUGGAAUUGGAUAUGAACCUAAUAACUUGAGAUUUGGUGCUGUUAUUGAUGAUAUACCAUUUGACACUUUAACUGGCUGUGAGAGGCACCUUAAGGAAAUUAAUCAGUCUUGUAACAUGGAUUAUCUUAGCUGUCAGUACCUAUAUGAAAUGGAAAAAACUAAUCUCAACUUGAAAGUAUAUGAUUACUUAGAUGAAGGUUUGGAAGCGAUUAAGAAGAAUGACAUUUGGGGAUUAGCUUAUUUUCCACAAAACUUCACAAGAAACUUGGGAUUGAGAAUUGAAUUUGGAAAAGAUGCUGGUUCUGAAGCUGUCGAUAACAGUUUGGUUGACAUUUACUUAGAUCGAUCGAAUAGGGUCAUUGAUGAAUUGAUCAACCUCAAUAUUAGAUCAAGUUUUAGAGCUUUUAUCGAAUCUCUAUUUUCAAGAUGUGGUUGGCAAGAGAGAGCUUCCGACAUUCCAAUAAAUUUUAAAAAGCCAAUUUACGGCAUACUAACUCCAACAUUCAGAGAUUAUGCAGCUCCAGCAAUAGUUGUCGUUAUACUCUUCAGCAUGCCUUUAGUAUAUGGAGUAGUAAUUAUUAUUGAAGAAAAGAAUUCUGGUACCACUGGAAGAAGUAUAGCCGCAGGAGUAAACCUAUUAGAAGUUCUUUUGGCCCACUCAGUCAUACAAGUGUCUCUCCAGGCGAUACAGACAUGCAGUACAAUGUUUAUGAUGUUUUAUAUUUAUGAGUUUCAGUUUAUGCGUCCCUUUCUUUCAACUAUUCUUUUGUUCCUUCAAGGAGUGACAGGAGUAAGUUUAGCAUUUGUGAUAGCGAUUGCAUGUGAUAAUCUUCCUAUAGCAAGUGCCUGCUGCACAUUCUCAGUUAUAAGUUCUAUUGUUCUUGGAGGAAUGAUUUGGCCUAGCCAGGGUAUACAUCCUAUUCUGAAGCCCAUAUCAAUUGUAAUGCCUAUCACGCUCCCAGUAGAAUCAUUACGGGGAUUGACGCAAAGGGGCUGGGGUCUUUCCUAUCCACCAGUCUGGCUUGGAUUUCUAACAUGCAUUUGCUGGACGAUAUUCUUCAUUUUCAUUGUAUAUCUCAUACUAAGAAAGGCAAAAGCUAAGGCUUUUCUUUCAAAGAAAAUAAGAUGACUGUGAUAUCUAAACUUUAUUUUUGUUCCCAAAGAUGUAUAUAAUUCAGAUUAAAAAAACAAAACAAUUAUUAUAUAAUUGUUUCUUCUGAUUUUUAUGAAAUGAUUGUUAUGUUUGAGGUAGAUAAUACAUUGAAUGUUCUGUGAUGUUAUUUUUGAAUUUCAUGGUAAUAUUAUAAGAGGAAACAUAAAUUAUAAUAGAACAGGCUAUAUUUAAAAAUAGAAAAAAAAUAUUACUUUUUAUUGAAUAAAAAUUUUUGUAUUAAAAAUUAUUUAGCUCUGAGUUUGCAAGAGUAGUCUAUGGGCAAGCAGUUCCUACAUUCAAUGGCUUAAGUGAAUUUUUAUAAUCAUAUGAUGAGGGAUGGCAGUGUAAUAUUCAAUAAUAGUUGAGGUCAAUAAUUUUUUGCAAUACAGCAUAAUAAGUAGAUAUCAAUAUAUCUAAUAUAUCUAAUAUAUACUUAUAUGUAAUAUGUACCCAAACUGAAGAAAAAAAAAAUAGUUAAAAAAUGGUUAAGUUUCUCAGAUUUUAAUUUUGAUAACAGACCUAGGUAUAAUUUAAAACUUUUUUUCGGUUGAAGAAAUUUAUCCACUAAUGGGUGCAAGUAGGAUAUACUGAACAAUUUUUACAAAUUUAUUGUUAUAUUUCGUACGUGAUGAUUUCUAAUAAUACAUGUACAAUACAAUUUUAUGUGAUGCCAUUCCUCUUUAUUCAAUGUGAUGAAAUUUAUUUAUUGUAUGAUAGUAUAGUAGUGAUGCAAUUGUUAAUAAGUAUAUAACUGAGAUAGCUGAAAGGUGAAACUUUUAUAACUUUAUUUAUUAAGUUAUCUUGUGUUGUGGUCACCUAUUGAAAUAUUUCUGUGUCUACUUAUAGUUAUUACUUUUUUGUAAUAUAUACUUGUAGUGAUUUAAAAUAAAGUUACAUUGUUUACCUAUUUAUUAGAUGUACCAUUAGUUUUUUUUAUAAAUAAAUUCAGCUUUGAUAAAAAUUUCUUUUUUAUAAUUCAUUAAACC